AUGCGGGGCCCGCUGGGCACCGAGGAGGAGCUGCCGCGGAUGUUCGCCGCGGAGAUGGAGAACGAGGACGAGAUGUCAGAAGAAGAAGAUGGUGGCCUUGAUGUCUUCGAUGACUUUUUCCCCGAGGAGCCUGUGAGCCUCCCCAAGAAGAAGAAAUCCAAAAAACUCAAGGAGAAUAAGUCCAAAGGGAAGCGGAAGAAGAAAGAGGGGAGCAAUGAUGAGCUGUCGGAAAAUGAAGAGGAUCUGGAAGAGAAGUCGGAGAGUGACGGCAGUGACUACUCCCCUAAUAAAAAGAAGAAGAAGAAACUCAAGGACAAGAAGGAGAAAAAAGUCAAGCGAAAGAAGAAGGAUGAUGAUGAGGAUGACAAUGAUGAUGGAGGCUUAAAGGAGCCCAAGUCAUCGGGGCAGCUCAUGGCUGAAUGGGGCCUGGAUGAUGUGGACUAUCUGUUCUCUGAGGAGGACUACCACACGCUAACCAACUACAAGGCCUUUAGCCAGUUCCUCAGACCGCUCAUCGCUAAGAAGAACCCGAAGAUCCCCAUGUCAAAAAUGAUGACCGUCCUGGGUGCCAAGUGGCGGGAGUUCAGCGCCAACAACCCUUUCAAGGGCAGCUCGGCAGCAGCGGCAGCUGCAGCGGUGGCUGCGGCGGUGGAGACGGUCACCAUCGCCCCCCCUCUGGCCAUCAGUCCCCAGCAGGUGCCCCAGCCAGUGCCCAUCCGAAAGGCCAAGACCAAGGAGGGCAAGGGACCUGGAGUGAGGAAGAAGGUCAAAGUCUCCAAAGAUGGGAAGAAAAAGGGCAAGGGGAAAAAAGUGGCUGGGCUCAAGUUCCGCUUCGGAGGGAUCAGCAACAAGCGGAAGAAAGGCUCCUCAAGCGAGGAGGAUGAGCGGGAGGAGUCGGACUUCGACUGUGCAAGCAUCCACAGCUCCUCUGUACGCUCUGAGUGCUCCGCAGCUCUGGGGAAGAAGAGCAAGAGGAGGCGCAAGAAGAAGAGGAUUGAUGAUGGUGACGGCUAUGAGACGGACCACCAGGACUACUGCGAGGUGUGUCAGCAGGGUGGGGAGAUCAUCCUGUGUGACACCUGCCCGCGGGCCUACCACCUUGUCUGCCUCGACCCGGAGCUCGAGAAGGCCCCCGAGGGCAAAUGGAGCUGCCCCCACUGUGAGAAGGAGGGGAUCCAGUGGGAACCGAAAGACGACGACGAUGACGAGGAGGAGGGCGGCUGCGAGGAGGAGGAGGAUGACCACAUGGAGUUCUGUCGCGUGUGCAAGGACGGCGGCGAGCUGCUCUGCUGCGACGCCUGUCCCUCCUCCUACCACCUGCACUGCCUCAACCCGCCGCUGCCCGAGAUCCCAAACGGUGAAUGGCUCUGCCCGCGCUGUACUUGUCCCCCACUGAAGGGCAAAGUACAGCGGAUCCUACACUGGAGGUGGACAGAGCCCCCGGCGCCCUUCAUGGUGGGGCUGCCAGGGCCUGACGUGGAGCCCGGCGUUCCCCCGCCCAAGCCCCUGGAAGGCAUCCCGGAGAGAGAGUUCUUUGUCAAGUGGGCUGGGCUCUCGUAUUGGCACUGCUCUUGGGUGAAGGAGCUGCAGCUGGAACUAUACCACACGGUGAUGUAUCGAAACUACCAAAGAAAGAACGACAUGGAUGAGCCGCCACCCUUCGACUAUGGCUCUGGUGAUGAGGAUGGCAAGAGUGAGAAGAGGAAGAACAAGGACCCUCUUUAUGCCAAGAUGGAAGAGCGCUUCUAUCGCUAUGGCAUCAAGCCCGAGUGGAUGAUGAUCCACCGAGUCCUGAACCACAGUUUUGACAAAAAGGGGGAUGUCCACUACCUGAUAAAAUGGAAAGACCUACCUUACGACCAGUGCACCUGGGAGAUGGACGAUAUUGACAUCCCCUACUACGACAACUUGAAGCAGGCCUACUGGGGCCACAGGGAGCUGAUGCUGGGAGAAGACGCCAGGCUGCCAAAGAGAUUGAUCAAGAAGGGCAAGAAGCUGAAGGAUGAUAAACAAGAGAAGCCGCCAGAGACCCCCAUUGUGGAUCCCACAGUUAAGUUUGACAAGCAGCCAUGGUACAUCGAUUCCACGGGCGGCACGCUGCACCCCUACCAGCUCGAGGGCCUCAACUGGCUGCGCUUCUCGUGGGCCCAGGGCACCGACACCAUCCUGGCUGACGAGAUGGGGCUGGGCAAGACUGUUCAGACCAUCGUCUUCCUGUACUCCCUGUACAAGGAGGGACACUCCAAAGGACCCUACCUGGUCAGCGCACCCCUGUCCACCAUCAUUAACUGGGAGCGCGAGUUCGAGAUGUGGGCACCUGACUUCUACGUGGUCACCUACACUGGGGACAAGGAGAGCCGCUCCGUGAUCCGUGAGAACGAGUUUUCCUUUGAAGACAACGCAAUUCGGAGUGGGAAGAAGGUGUUCCGAAUGAAGAAAGAAGUCCAGAUCAAGUUCCACGUGUUGCUCACUUCCUAUGAGCUCAUCACCAUCGACCAGGCCAUCCUGGGUUCCAUCGAAUGGGCCUGCCUGGUGGUGGACGAGGCGCACCGGCUCAAGAACAACCAAUCCAAGUUCUUCAGGGUCUUAAACAGCUACAAGAUUGACUACAAGCUGCUGCUCACAGGGACCCCCCUUCAGAACAACCUGGAGGAGCUCUUUCAUUUGCUCAACUUCCUGACCCCGGAGAGGUUCAACAACCUGGAGGGCUUCCUGGAGGAGUUUGCAGACAUCUCCAAGGAAGACCAGAUCAAGAAGCUGCAUGACCUGCUGGGGCCACACAUGCUGAGACGGCUCAAGGCUGACGUGUUCAAGAACAUGCCGGCCAAGACCGAACUGAUCGUGCGUGUGGAGCUCAGUCAGAUGCAGAAGAAGUACUACAAGUUCAUCCUCACACGGAACUUCGAGGCCCUGAACUCCAAGGGGGGCGGGAACCAGGUGUCACUGCUCAACAUCAUGAUGGACCUGAAGAAAUGCUGCAACCACCCCUACCUCUUCCCUGUGGCCGCUGUGGAGGCACCUGUCUUGCCCAAUGGCUCUUAUGAUGGCAGCUCCCUGGUCAAGUCUUCAGGGAAGCUCAUGCUGCUGCAGAAGAUGCUCAAGAAGCUGCGGGACGAAGGCCACCGUGUGCUCAUCUUCUCUCAGAUGACCAAGAUGCUGGACCUCCUGGAAGAUUUUCUCGAGUAUGAAGGCUACAAGUAUGAGCGGAUUGAUGGAGGCAUUACUGGGGGCCUUCGGCAAGAGGCAAUCGACAGAUUCAAUGCCCCGGGGGCCCAGCAGUUCUGCUUCCUCCUCUCCACCCGGGCAGGUGGCCUGGGCAUCAACCUGGCCACAGCAGACACAGUCAUCAUCUACGACUCCGACUGGAAUCCACACAAUGACAUCCAGGCCUUCAGCCGUGCCCACCGCAUUGGGCAGAACAAGAAGGUGAUGAUCUACCGCUUUGUGACGCGGGCCUCGGUGGAGGAACGCAUCACCCAGGUAGCCAAGCGCAAGAUGAUGCUGACCCAUCUGGUGGUGCGGCCAGGCCUCGGCUCCAAGUCGGGCUCCAUGACCAAGCAGGAGCUGGACGACAUCCUCAAGUUCGGCACUGAGGAGCUCUUCAAGGAUGAUGUGGAGGGCAUGAUGUCUCAGGGCCAGAGACCUGUCACGCCCAUCCCAGAUGUCCAGUCCUCCAAAGGGGGCACCUUGCCUGCCAGUGUGAAAAAAAAACAUGGCAGCACCCCACCAGGGGACAACAAGGACGUGGAGGAUAGCAGUGUGAUCCACUAUGACGAUGCCGCCAUCUCCAAGCUGCUGGACCGGAACCAGGAUGCCACGGACGACACGGAGCUGCAGAACAUGAACGAGUACUUGAGCUCCUUCAAGGUGGCGCAGUAUGUGGUCCGAGAGGAGGAUGGUGUGGAGGAGGUGGAGAGGGAGAUCAUUAAGCAGGAGGAGAACGUGGACCCUGACUACUGGGAGAAGCUGCUUCGGCACCACUACGAGCAGCAGCAGGAAGAUCUGGCGCGCAACUUGGGCAAGGGCAAGCGCAUCCGCAAGCAGGUCAACUACAACGACGCCUCACAGGAGGACCAGGAGUGGCAGGACGAACUCUCCGACAACCAGUCUGAAUAUUCCAUCGGUUCUGAGGAUGAGGAUGAGGAUUUUGAGGAGAGGCCGGAGGGGCAGAGUGGACGGCGACAAUCCAGGCGACAGCUGAAGAGUGACAGGGACAAGCCGCUGCCCCCACUUCUUGCUCGAGUUGGUGGAAACAUCGAGGUGCUGGGCUUCAAUGCUCGGCAACGUAAGGCCUUUCUGAACUCCAUCAUGCGCUGGGGCAUGCCCCCUCAGGAUGCCUUCAACUCCCACUGGCUGAGCCUAUGUGUCCCUCUUCAUGCGGCACCUGUGUGA